AUGCAAUCUGUCUGUCAAGAUAGGUCACAGAGAGAUGGAAAAGAGCAGAGUGCUUAUUGUUUGGGGGAACUGGUUCAUAGGAAAAAGGUUGGUGAAGACAGUAAUAGUAUGGCUCAAGGACACCAAACAUAUGUCCUUCACAUGCCAGAGAUUGAUGUUGACAUUGAGAAAGUUCAACUCCUCUUGUCAUUCAAAGAGCAAAGGCUAGGCUGGUUUCAGGGCAACCAUGUGAGCAGCAAGUGGGAAUGGUUCAUUACUACCAUGUUUGAUUUGAAGGAGGGGUUGAAGCUUGUGAAUUGGUACCCUCAAAUAAAAUACACUACUGCUGAAGAAUACAUGAAACGCUAG